CUGACCCACAGAGCGACUGGCGUCGUCCCUGUGACACACAUUCUGAUGGCCUAACCCAGUUCUGCCCAUCGGAGGGGCCGGCGUUCUCUGUGUCAGAAGGGCUGGCUGAGCAAGAAGUGGGACGCCUUUUUUUUCGCUCCCUCGCGAUCCCACAGGUGCGUCGAGAGGGGGCCGCGGAGGUGUGCCGCACGGGUGGCCGGGAGCGGCGUCCUGGGGAGCGAAAGGGGGGACAGAAAAGGAGGCGCGUCCAGGUGAGUCGGAGGAAGAAGAUGCCGGGGGAGGCGGAGGCUGCUCGCCUCCCCCCACGUGACGGCGGGAAGAGGCGGCCGCCAGGGGCUCGCGUGCCGGCAUCGCAUCGACCGUCGGUCGUCGGCGACGGCAAUCGCGUCGGCAGCGGCGGCGGCGGCGGCAGCUGCACACCAGCUCCAGCAGCGGGUCUUCCCCCAACCCCGAACCCGUCCGUGCAGCGUCGGCAGAAAGCAGAGUCGGCGAGCGGCAGGCCCAACAGGCAUCGGUGGGUCGUCAACGUCGGCACGCGGCGCCCCAUGGCGCGGGCGGCCGGCGGAGGCGGCGCUAGCGCGACGUCUUCCGACGACGGGGGCUGCAUGUGGCUGCGUCGUCGUCGGCGGGCCGGCUGAGCACGGGGGGCCAUGCAGCGAGCGCUGCGCAUGAACGAUGCACAGCUGCUGUCGCUGUCCGAGAAGGCGCUGCACGACAACUGCCUGCGUGGCUACCUCUGCAAGCGCACGGCGGACAGCGCACGCUGGCAGCUCCGCUGGUUCGUGCUCUACCAGAACCUGCUCUUCUACUUCGAGAACGACACGACGACCCGGCCGUCGGGCGUGCUCUUCCUCGAGGGCUCCUACUGCGAGCGCCUGCUCACGCCCGUCACCGGCGGCAAGAACACGGGCAGCACUCAGGACACCCAUCUUGCAAAAGUAUUCUUCUGCCAGCAUUCGAAGACACUGCUUUAUGGGGCCAUGCCUACGUGUUGCUUCGUACUUCCUUAUCAGGCAUCUCCGACGAUGGGACACGUCUUCACUGCGACGAACGACCGGUCAUAUUUAAACAAAGCUGCUCGUCUCUCCACUGCCAUGCAAUGUGAAGCAAACUGCUGCCAAUGUUUUGCAGAGAUAUUUGCGGAUCUCUCCGAAUUCAUUGCCUUAAAAAAACAUACGACUCACGACGCUGUAAUUAUACUUCGAAGCUCUAAAUCUGACGUUUACGGCCACCAUUAG